AUACAUGACAAAGUCUCGCGAUACGACGACCGAACAACGCACUUUCGCGAUGGCCCGUCUGUCCUUCCAAACCAUUAACUUUCCAAAUUCAUCAAGCUCGACAGAACGUCACUCGCCGAUGAACUGGGGGGGACUUACUGUAGAGGAUUGAUUCGACCAUCCCUCAAGGCCCGAAGAACAGAUGGCCCGGCCCAUACUAAGCGUAGCUAGAGCUCGAAGCGGCGGCUCGGAGCGCCGAUCUCUCGGCGUGACAUUAGAGUACUUUUAGUCGGUCGCGCAUCGACUAAACACAGUCGGCUCAAUGGCUCCUCGAAGCGAUGUGGGCUUCUCGGUCCAGCGAGUUAAAAGCCCAUAAAAGCGACGCGAGCUAGGUCACGGAAGAGCACCAAGUCGAGGAGGGAGACAACGUAGAGGGGAUCCGAAAUCAUUCACACAUACUUGGCGGCUAGAUUAGGGUUUUUCCUUUAUUAUCUUGCCUUGUUGUAUCUUUCCGGUAAAACUCUUCGAGCUCCGGCAUCCUUUCCUUUACGCAUUUCCUUUUCUUGUAACCGACGAAACGCUUUCCCGACCAUCAAUAAGACGUCUUUGCUUAACCCAAAUUUAAAACCGAACGUUCCCUCGUUUAGUACCGUUUCCCGAUCAAACAAACUCCAUAGUGAAGGUGUUGGAGUUGGCUAUGAAGAGACAAAGGCCGCUACUGAUUGUUUCUGAAGAUGUUGAAAGUGAAGCUCUUGCAACUCUUAUCCUUAACAAGCUACGUGCUGGAAUCAAGGUUUGUGCCAUUAAGGCCCCUGGCUUUGGAGAGAAUAGAAAGGCCAAUUUGCAAGACCUUGCUGCCCUUACUGGUGGAGAGGUUAUCACGGAUGAGCUCGGCAUGAAUCUGGAGAAUGUGGACUUGGGCAUGCUAGGGACCUGCAAAAGAGUUACUGUUUCCAAGGACGACACGGUUAUUCUUGAUGGAGCCGGCGACAAGACAGCCAUUGAGGAAAGAUGUGAGCAGAUAAGGUCAGCAAUUGAACUGAGCACUUCAGAUUAUGACAAGGAGAAACUGCAAGAAAGGUUGACUAAGCUCUCUGGAGGAGUUGCAGUUUUGAAGAUUGGAGGUGCAAGUGAAGCUGAAGUUUGUGAGAAGAAAGACAGAGUGACAGAUGCUUUGAAUGCCACUAAAGCAACUGUUGAAGAGGGUAUUUUGCCAGGAGGAGGUGUGGCUCUUCUAUAUGCAGCGAGGGAGUUGGAGAAACUUGCAACAGCUAACUUCGACCAGAAGAUUGGUGUGCAGAUCAUUCAGAACGCUUUGAAGACCCCUGUGCACACAAUUGCUUUAAACGCUGGAGUAGAAGGUGCUGUUAUUGUUGGCAAACUCAUGGAGCAAGAUAACACAGACCUUGGUUAUGAUGCUGCUAAAGGUGAAUAUGUGGAUAUGGUGAAAGCUGGUAUCAUAGAUCCUCUGAAAGUGAUCAGGACCGCUUUGGUUGACGCUGCGAGUGUGUCGUCUCUGUUGACAACAAACGAAGCAGUAGUGGUAGAGCUUCCCAAAGACGAAAGCGAGGCAGCAGGUGAUAGACUUCUAUUAUCUUGAGUCUGACGUGGCAAGUGAGAACGCUGACGUGUUUAAUGAGGAAGAGAGUCAGGAGAGCCUUGGUUUAGUUCAGAAGGUUUGCUGUUAGAGACAGCUCGGGAAGAAGUCACAGAUAUAAGAAGAGAAGACGACGAUGAGAGGGGGCAUGCUUUGAUGUUGCUGUAGAUUGACGCCAUGAGUCAUCUUAACCCGAUCGCCAUGAGAUCGGUGACGAAGGUGAAGCUCGCCAUGAGAGCCUAGCCGGAGUCAAGCUCAAAGCUGUUCGUUUAUCAUCUUUGUAAGCACGUUUCUGUUCAAUAAAGGAGUUAGGGAUUUGUAAACUCUAUCGGCAGGAGCUGGAGCAGGCAUGGGUGGUAUGGGAGGCAUGGAUCAUUAAUUACAUCACUAAACUCUUUUAUAUUUUUUUUUUGCGCAAUCAUCACGUUAACAUGAGAGAGGAUUAUUGUAUGAGUCUUCGAUUAUUGUACGAGUCUUUUGCCUUUGUUGCUCAAUAACAAUAACAAUUGGCAAAUGUAAGGAUACCUUUAGCAUCAAAGUUUUUUGAGGCAUCAAUUGUUUGCAUUGAUUUA